UUCGCCACUCCCUCCAGACAUUGGGACACAUCUCUCGAACUUACGCGUCAGCAUCAGACAGACCGUCGGGCACCGCACUCAGAACCUUUCGUCCAACAAGAGCUUCGCACGUUUACCCACGUCCUCACUCGAACAACAAAAAUGCGCUUCGGUGGACGUUCCCGCCUCAUCGGCAUGGGCCUAUUCGCCAUCAUGUCAGUCUCCGCCGCAUCGGAAAUGAUCUUGCCUCUGGGCGAAGGCAUCUUCCAUAAGAGACAGGACACUACGGCUGUCUCAAGCCGUCCUCCAGCCGCGUCCAGCGGAGGAGACACUCCAGUACCUACCAGUUCUCCAGAGGAACCGUCUUCAGUAGCACCAACCUCAGCAGCUCCGACCUCUGCUCAGCCAACACAGGAUGACAAUUCGUCUGGCGACUCUUCUCCAACACCUACAUCAAAUCGACCCUCUUCGAAUGGUGGUGACGCUGCUACCACUGUUCGUACGACGCUCUCUGAAACUCUUGAAACUACACCUCUUGUCACUCAGGUAACAAGAAUUACUGUCAUUACUUCUCGUGUCACAUCAGGAUCGUCCGUUUUCGACACGGCCAUUACUUCGGAAGUGGUCAGUGAGAUGACCACUGGCUCUGCUGUGGCGACUUUGUCUCCAAGCAAUGACGGCUCCAACUCUGACGGCGGCCUGAGUUCCACAAAUCAAAAGAUUGUCGGGGGAGUAGUGGGUGGCGUGGGUGGUGCUCUCCUGCUUGGAGGCAUCGUCCUUGUAUUCCUACGCCUCCGCAAGAAGCGUCAAAAUAAGGUUCAAAUCGAUGACGACUUCGCCGGCAUGGACUAUAAGCGCAACGAGAACAGUCGCAACAGCGAACCGUUGAACAACUCAACGUUCCAAAACGCCAAUGACCAGUAUCAUCAGCCUGCUGCUCGACCAAAUGCUGCCGCGAACUUCUAAUCCCACAUAUGCGCUCACCAAAACUUACGAAUAAUGACAUACCUACCCAAUCGUCCUCUGUAAAUUCUAUCGAAGCCUUUACCAGACCAUCGAGUCAAU